AUAGUUCUGCCAGGUGCGCAUAAAUGGACUUAAGUUCUGCAACAUCCUCGGAUUGCUCGAGGUGACGAAUCUGCCGUUGCGACACAGUGCUUGGGCAUGCAAAGCCUGAACGAGAAGCUUGUCGAAUCUGCGGCAGGAGGAAGGACGCCACAGGGUUUCUUGGGCAACUGCAGUCAUGGCGGCCCCUGCGCCCAAAGCCGGCGGUGCCGAACAUGAGGCGGCGGGUUCCGCCGAAGCCCAGCUGCAGUACAGCCUUCUUCUCCAGUACAUGGUGGGUGACAAGCGUCAGCCCCGGCUCCUGGAGCCUGGAAGCCUGGGCGGGAUCCCGAGUCCGGCCAAGAGCGAGGAACAGAAGAUGAUCGAGAAGGCGAUGGAAAGUUGCGCCUUCAAAGCAGCGCUGGCCUGCGUGGGAGGAUUUGUCUUGGGUGGUGCAUUUGGGGUGUUCACCGCCGGCAUCGACACCAAUGUGGGCUUUGACCCUAAGGACCCUUACCGCACUCCGACGGCAAGAGAAGUUCUUAAGGACAUGGGGCAGCGAGGGAUGUCCUACGCCAAAAAUUUUGCCAUUGUGGGCGCCAUGUUUUCUUGCACUGAGUGUUUGGUAGAAUCUUACCGGGGAAGGUCCGACUGGAGGAACAGUGUCAUCAGUGGCUGCAUCACCGGGGGAGCCAUCGGCUUCAGAGCCUAAUGUAGGUAUUCAAGAAAUGUAAUCAGCUGUGAACAAUGAAGAAAGAAACCGGUUCCCCGCCACUUCUCCGCGUCAGCGGUCCCCUCAGGCAUGUGCUGCAGGGGUCAGUGACUCGACUUUCCUUAACAGUGUCCACUGCUGGCCCACUUCCUCUGAUGGGCCUCGACUUACCCCAGGCAAAAAGCCUGUUUUCCCAUUUGCUGAGAGACAAGAUGGUUGGCUAUCAUUACAAACCUGCUUUUGCUCCUCAAGCAGCCAUUCAUGAUUUAGAGAGUAACUCUUCCGUCAGCCCUCCCACUGCUCUGCUUUGUCAGGGCCUUGGGGAGCCAGCCUCCCCCCCAGGGCCUCUUUGAUCGCCGUCCCAGGAAUCCAGUCCAUAAACAAGUCCAAGCGGCAGGCCAUGUGCUUUCACUUGAUUCUCAGGGCUGGUUUUCUUAAUCAGUUUCCUGCCUGCGAGGAGCUAUUUUCAUGAGACUGGAAAUAGUAAUUCUUUGGAACGAGAAAAGUUAAGCGAAGGCACAGUGCAGCUGAAGCACACUGGAUUAGGUCACGUGCACGGCCUCACUGAAGUCCUGCAGAGGUCUCUGCUGGGCUGAAUGGCAGGGGACACUUGAGCUGGUUUCUUUGUGUCCAUGGGUAUGCACUUUUUGUGAGUACAGUCUGACCCAGCCUCUGUCACCACAGCUAAUGUUAUUUCUGUU